AUUUUCCUGCCCCAGUGAUAAAACUGAACUCCACUCCACUCAAGAACUCUGAGAUGGUCUGGACACCUAAAAGACCUUUCAGGCUCAGAUGUGACAGAUAGGAUGAUGUCAUAUGGAAGACCAGGCUCAGAGGACACCAGAGAUUUGUCUCCAAAAAUGCCCUCACUGUCAAAAACCCCAGCGCAUAGCACACAGGAACAUACCGGUGCAGUUACAAGAACCAAUUAGACCUUUACUCAGAGAUCCACAUAUUUGUUUCAGAAACGUGGCUCAGUGACGGACGCUGCCGUUCAGCUAGAAGGGCUCUCCUCGCUUCGUGCCGACAGAAAUUAAACUCUGUGCGGUAACACUCGCGGUGGUGGCUUGUGUGUUUACAUCAACACCGAAUGGUGCAAGAACUCUAUGCUAGUCUCUAGCUACUGCUCAUCGCUGGUGGAGCUUGUGACUGUUAGAUGCAGAACUUUUUAUUUACCAUGGGAAUUCACCACUGUUAUCAUAACUGGAGUUUACAUUCCCCCUAGCGCAAACGCUAAGGAAGUACUCAGUGAACUAUAUGGGGCUAUGAGCGAACUGCAGAACGCUCACCCUGACGGACUGUUUAUUGUCACCGGAGAUUUCAACCAUGUGAAUCUCAAGACAGUGCUCCCUAAAUUCCAUCAGUAUGUGGACUUUGCAACGAGUGGGGCGAAAAUGCUUGAUCUUUUUUACACAAACAUCCCAGGGGCGUACCGGGCGGAGCCCCGCCCCCACCUCGGCUACUCAGACCACAUCUCUGUUAUGCUAAUUCCAGCAUACAGACCGUUCGUCAGAUUCACAAAACUGCUUCAGAAGCAGGUGAAAACCUGGCCAGCAGGAGCCAUCUCUGCUCUUCAAGACUGUUUUGAGUGUACUGACUGGCAAAUGUUCAGGGAGGCUGCAACAUAUGGCGACUCUACCAACUUGGAGGAAUACACAGCAUCAGUGACCAGCUACAUCAGCAAAUUCAUUGAUGAUGUCACUUUCUCCAAGACCAUCACCACACGCUCCAACCAGAAGCCGUGGAUGACUGCGGAGGUGCGCACGCUGCUGAGGACCCGAGACUCCACCUUCAGAGCAGGCGACAAGGCAGCCCUAAGAACAGUGAGGACCAAACUGUCCCGGGCCAUCAGAGAGGCAAAGCGCGCACACGCCCAUAGAAUCCACAGUCACUUCCAGGACAGCGGUGAUCUCUUGCGCAUGUGGAAGGGCAUCCAGGCCAUCACCAACUACAGGACAACAUCAGUUGCCUGUGACAAAGAUACCUCCCUUCCAGAUGCGCUAAACGACUUCUACACUCGGUUUGAAGUGCAGAACGACGUGGUGGCAAGGAAGACCUCCCCUCCUCCCAACGACCAGGUGCUCUGUCUUACCACGGCUGAUGUGAGGAAAACUCUACGUAGAGUCAACCCACGGAAGGCUGCUGGACCAGACAACAUUCCUGGCAGAGUGCUCAGAGGAUGUGCAGACCAGCUGACAGAUGUUCUUACCGACAUCUUCAACAUCUCUCUGAGCAGCGCCGUCGUUCCAACGUGCUUCAAGGCCACCACCAUCGUCCCAUGCCAAAGAAUUCUUCAGUCACAUCACAGUCACUUCGAAUCACAUCAUCAAGUUCGGCGAUGACACGAUCGUGGUGGGUCUCAUCAGCAAGAACGACGAGUCAGCAUACAGAGAGGAGGUGCAGCGGCUAGUGGACAACAACCUGUCUCUGAAUGUCAACAAAACAAAAGAGAUGGUUGUUGACUUUAGGAGAGCACAGAGUGACCACUCUCCGCUGAACAUCAAUGGCUCCUCUGUGGAGAUCGUCAAGAGCACCAAAUUCCUUGGUGUUCACCUGGCAGAGAACCUCACCUGGUCCCUCAACACCAGCUCUAUUACCAAAAAAGCCCAGCAGCAUGUCUACUUUCUUUGCAGGCUGAGGAAAGCACAUCUCCCACCCCCCAUCCUCAAUACAUUCUAUGGAGGUACUAUUGAGAGCAUCCUGAGCUGCUGCAUCACUACCUGGUUUGGGACUUGCACCGUUUUGGAUAGCAAAGCCCUGCAGAGGAUAGUGAGGACAGCUGAGAAGAUUAUCGGGGUCUCUCUUCCCUCCAUCAAAGACAUUUACAAAAAACACUGCAUCCGCAAAGCAACCAGCAUUGUGGACGACCCCACACACCCCUCAAACAAACUCUUCACCCUCCUGCCAUCUGGCAAGAGGUACCGAAGCAUUUGGGCCCUCACGGCCAGACUGUGUAACAGCUUCUUUCCCCAAGCCAUCAGACUCCUCAAUACUCAGAGACUGGUUUGACACACACACACACACACACACAUGUCCUGAGUUGCACUUUAAUUUUGUCACUUUAUAACUGGCUGCUACCUCAAUAACUACUAUGUGCAUAUAACAGUAUCUCAUAGUAUGUUAUGUUUACAUUUGGCAUUUUUAGAAACUGUCAUCAUUUGCACUACUGUAUACUGGUCGGCACAACACUGUCUCUUACUGUGUCUAUUGUCCUGUUCAUGUUAGUAAUUUAUUGUACUGUCCUGUACUUUUUGCACAUGUUUGCACGUGCAAUUUAUAUAGGUAUGUUAUUUAGUCUGUGUAGUCUCAUGUGGUUCUGGGUUUGUCCUAUGUUGUUUUAUGUAGCACCAUGGUCCUGGAGGAACGUUGUCUCAUUUCGCUGUGUACUGUACUAACUGU